AGCUUGUUUGGUUUGAGUGGAAGCUCGAGUCCCUUCAAGUGCGCGCGCACACACACACGCGCUGCAGAGAAGAUCGAGAGAUCCGUCCAGUGCGGCUCAUGCGCGCUGUCUCGUGGCUGUAGCGGCUCAGGGUUCAGGGGUCAUGGGGGGAAACCUGGGCUGCCACCGCUCGCUCCCGGCGGACCCCGCGGACGUGCGGCAGCGCGGGCGCAAGUUCAGCGCGACCUGCAGCUUCGCGCACGUCUCCGCGCACAACCCCGAGCGCCUGAACGUGAACGCGGCCAGCGAGGAGGAGCUCAUGACCCUGCCGGGGGUCAGCCGGACCGUCGCGCGCGCCAUCGUGGAGCACCGCGCGCGCAUCGGCGGCUUCAGGAAAGUGGAGGACGUGGCCCUGGUGAGCGGCAUCGGCGCCGCCAAGCUGCAGCUCAUCAAACCGGAAAUCUGCGUCUCGAGCCGCAGCAGCAAGGAGCGCGAGCAGCUGGAGCACUCGUGGACGCCGUCCUCCCAUCCCAACUCCCCGGGCGCGUGCACGGAGCUGCGCCUGCCCCCCGGCGGACCCGCGCGCAUGGCGUCCGAGCGCCCCGACCUGCAGCCUCCGCCGGGCGCGCGCCACGGAAAGCCAGUGGUGCGCGUGGCCACGUGGGACCUGCAGCGCUGCUCGAGCGACAAAGCCAACAACCCCGGGGUCAAAGAGGUGGUGUGCAGGACCCUGCUGGAGCGCGACAUCAAGUUGCUAGCAGUACAGGACCUGGCUGAUCAGCAAGCGCUGGAUAAGUUUUGCACAGAGCUCAAUCAGCCGACUCUCUUCAGUGUGUGUAAUUGGAAAGGCCCUCGUGGUGUGUGGAAAUGUGCUGCUUCUGGGAAACCCACUGGAGAGUCCUGUAUAGGUUCAGAAUAUUCUGGUUUCCUCUGGGACUCCUCGGCUGGCAUCCAGCUGAAAGAGGCCGUGCUUUUAGAGAGCGCUGCUGCUAACGGCAACGGGAACGACGCCCAGCCCAAAGCGUACCUCGGGCGCUUUUAUAUCGGAUCGUCCGAGCUCACCGUCGUGAACGUGCACCUCAAGCCUCCAUCAGCGCCGAAGCAGCAGAAUGGGCGGAGCCAUAAAUCUGAUGAGCUGAAAGCCCAUAGGCUGAGCCCUGGAGUACAGGAGACUCUGAGAGGGGUGAAGAACGUGCUGGUUGUCGGGGGCUUUGGUCUUCCUCCGGACAGCGCUCAGUUUGAGCUUCUGAAGAAGGAGAAGCUGAGCGCUCUCGUGCCUUCCUCCAUCAACACCAACAUCAGCACCAAAGCACCACAGGGAUCCAGCUGCCUGGACAACAUCUGGGCCAGCCGUAGCAUCAAGAAGCUCUAUACAGGUCAUUGCUCUGUCGUGAGGGAGGGCCUGACCAACCCCUGGAUCCCUGAUAACUGGUCGUGGGGAGGAGUCGCCUCGGAGCAUUGCCCCAUCGUGGCGGAGUUUUACACAGGUUGCACAAAUGAGAAGAUGAAGGAGCCGCUGCACAACGGAAGCAGCGUGGCAGUGGUGGAGAGGGAUGACAUCACACCCAAACAUGAGCGGUGACCUUUGACCUCGGGCUGUAGAGACUGUCAUGGUGGUAUGACAUCACUAUAUAGAGAGACUGAGAUGGACUGAGACGGUCUCUCUUCCAGCUGUUGUACAGUAGAAAUAAUUUUGAUUGUAGGGAAAUAAUCAGAUAUUUAAAAGAUGUAUGUAUUAAAUUUUUAAACUUACCCUUUUUAAUGAAGUACAUGGAAUAAAGCAAUACUGAGAAUUUAACUGCUCGAUGUAAUACAGAUUGUAUAGAUAGUAGUUUGAUAUCUUAAUUCUCCGAGCCUGACAGCACAGAGGCCACGCCUCCUUCUCGAAGACUGACACACCAAAGCCACGCCUACUUCAUUAAGUCUGUCCAAACGACGAUGCUAUCAGGAUCAUAUAAUGAAGUAUUUCUGAGCGUGCCUCAGAAUGAGGAGGUAAAUGUUCAGUCAACAGGAAAAAAAAAACAUUUGUGUAAAUUUCCUGUGUAACGUUUCCUCAUUCCAUAACUUUAAUAUGUAACGCAGCAUUACAGCCUUGCAUUUUCAAGUCCUGCUCAAUCAGCACAGCUAAACAUUUACACCUACGGAAACCAAGUCAACUUGAGUAACAAAGGUCAGCUUCGACACUUCAGGUCUAGUGUUGGCUAAUAAAUUCAUGAUUUCACAAAUGUCUAUUAAAUGGCGCUUGUGAGAUUUUACAGUUAUAACAUCAGAUCAUAUGGGAAACAUUUUGCCUAUCUGUAGAAAAUCUCUGUCCAUUUAAAAAAAAAAUACAGGGAAAGGUCAAGCAGCAAGGUCCAAGUUGGGACGAGACGGAUACUCUGAGACGGAUACUCUGAGACGGAUACUGAGAGUCAAAAAUGCAAUGGUCUUCUCAUGCAAAAUUGUAUCCCGCUUGUUUCUAUGAGUGUCCAGACAGAGCAGUUCAGGUCACUAAUCUGAUGAUGUGAAGACCCAAUACUAAAUUUGGUCGAAAUAAAGAACUAAAAUAACAGGAGUGGAGUAGUAGUAGCACCCCCACAUGUCUGUCUAAGAAUUCAGAUUUUAGAUCUUAGAUUUUAUAUAACGGCACUACAGUGGUGUAGUGGUUAGCGCUGUCGCCUCACAGCAUGAAGGUCCUGGGUUUGAGCCCAGUGGCCGAUGAGGGCCUUUCUGUGCGGAGUUUGCAUGUUCUCCCCAUGUCAGCAUGGGUUUGCUCUGGUUUCUCCCACAGUCCAAAGACAUGCAGGUUAGGCUAAUUGGUGGCUUUAAAUUGACCGUAGGUGUGAAUGGUUGUUUGUCGCUGUGUCAGCCCUGUGAUGACCUGGCGACUUGUCCAGGGUGUACCCCGCCUCUCGCCCAUAGUCAGCUGGGAUAGGCUCCAGCUUUCCCUGUAGGACAGGAUAAGCAGCUACAGAUGAUGGGUGGAUGGAUUUUAUAUAACACACAACCUACAUCACCCUCAGUGAAGCAUGGUGGUGGGAGCAUCGCCUUGAGCUGUAUGUACCCUUGGCCCCUUGCUGCUUAAUCCGUUCUCUUUCAGUCUACGAUCUCUUCUAGGUAGAGUCAGUUAUGACAAAUUUUCAACUAAUGGAUUUAUUGGUGGGCGGUAGGAUUUUCACAUUUUGGGAUUUUUCUUAACCGAACUCUGAUGAGAUUGGACUCCUGGACUUUUGUUGGUUUUCAUGAUGUUUGUUUAGAUAUGUUCUCUCACAAGCUCUGCGGCUUUUAUAUUGACACCAGGUGACACUAUAAUUGUACACGAUGGACUAAUCAUGCAACUUCUCCAACCUGCUAGUGGUUUCAUAUCAGCAAGGGUGAAUACUUGUGCAAUAACAACUUUGAUGUGUUUUUUUUUUUUUUUUUUUUGGAAAUGUAACUAAUUUUGCAAAAUAUAUUGAUUUUUAUUUCUCCAUUUCAGUAUUAUGGGUUAUUUUGUGAUUCAUGACACAUCGCCAUUAAAUCUAUUUGUGCUGUAUGUUCUAAAAGCACAAAAUGUGGAAAAGUUUAGAGUGAAUCCACUGAACAACUGAUCUGGUGUGUUGAGUGAGAGCGCCAUCUAGUGGAGUGAAGCAGUGAGCUCUGGAAUUAACAUUAGCUCCAAAAGGAAAGAUGUAUAUUAAAAUUCACAGCCCCAAGACACUUUAGUAAU